AUGCCGGGUUUUGCUAAGUAUUUGAAAGACUUGAUCACGAAGAAGAAAACAACGAAGAAUGAAGUAGUGAAUGUGACUCACCGGGUUAGUUCCAAUAUUGCAAUAACCACCGUUCAAAAGAAAGAAGACCCUAGAGCCUUUUCCAUUCCAUGCACUAUUGGGGUGCACGAUAUUGCAAGAGCGCUUUGUGAUAAUGGGUCUAGCAUCAAUUUAAUGCCUCUUGCUAUUUACAAGAAAGCAGGGUUAGGUCUGCCGAGGCCUAUAAGUAAGAGGUUGCAAAUGGCCGAUCGUUCAAUAAAGAGACCGGUGGGGAUUGUCGAUGAUGUUCUUGUAAAAGUGGGAAAGUUCCUCCUCCCAGCCGACUUUGUGAUCCUUGAUUGUGUUGUUGACAAACAAAUCCAUAUCAUCUUUGGGAGACCAUUUCUUCCUACUGGAAGAGCACUUAUGGAUUCAGAACAAAAUGAGAUCAAGUUCCGAGAUAAUGACGAAGAGGUUACCUUUCAAGAGAGUAAGGGUAUGAAGUUGCCACAUGCAUAUGAAAGAUCUCGGUCGUUGAUUUUGUUGAUGAGGUAG